AUGUCUCUUCAAUUGUAUCACACCACUUUCUCUCCACCAUCCAGAGUUGUUCGAAUCAUAGUUAAACAACUUGGAAUCAAUGCCGAAGAAAAAGAAGUCAGUUUAUUGACUGGUGAACAUAUGAAACCAGAAUUUCUCAGUAUUAAUCCAUUCCAUUGUGUACCCACCUUGGUUGACGAUGGAUUCGCACUUUGGGAAAGUCGCUCCAUCAUCACUUACCUUGUGGACAAAUUUGCUCCUGGAAACUCAAUUUAUCCAACUGAGUUACAAGCUCGAGCAGUAGUCAACCGAUGGUUAUUCUGGGAUGCAGGAACCUUGUUUUCAACUUUAGGUGCUUACUUUGGACCAAUUUUCCGUGGUGGUUCAGCUCAACCUGAGAUGGCUGAACUCUUCAAGAAAAAGGUUGCUGAGCUUGAUUCCAUAUUGGAAAAGACUAAAUAUCUCGCUGGUGAUGAGUUGACCAUUGCUGAUAUUACAAUCGCAGUUACAAUUACAACGGCUACAGCUGUUGGAGUUGACACAAGUGAACUUAAAAAUGUUGAAAAGUGGUUGCAACAAGUGGAAUCUGAUUUAUCAGCAUCAACCUGGAAAGACUUAGUAAUUGAUCCAGCCAAUUCUCUUGGAACUUUCGUUAAAGCAAAAAUCGCUAGUUCAUAG